AGAAGUCCAAUCCAAUAUGUCAGCCCCCAUGAACAACACGCAAUAAGAGUUUUCAACUAUUUCAAGAACAGCAUGGCCAAUAUUUUGAAUCAAGAAGUGGCAGUUAUCAGCCACAUUAAGACAUUUAUUAAAGAAGAAAGCAGCAAUAUUAAUCUCUUGGUAGUGGAAUAUCUAAAUGGAGAAUAUGAAAAUAUUUUAAAAAGUGAGACAGCUGAAAAAUUAUUACGAGAAAAUCCCAAAGAUACGGAAGAUUUGGUUUUAUUGAUAAAGAAUAAUGUUGAAAACUUGUUACACAGUGAAAAUACAGAUCUUCACACAGCGGAACUGGAGAUUUUAUUAGUGGGCGUGGCAUCUCUACAGCUCUUUGUACAGAAUAAUUGGUUAGGACCUUUAACUUCAUCAUUACCUACAGAAUUUAUACACCAGCGCUGUCGUGAUACGGUAAAUAAACGUGGUUUAAGUGAUUUAAGUGUUGACGGUGAAGCUGUGUAUAAUUUAACUAGAUAUCUCCCGUAUUUAUAUAUAGCUAAUAUUAUACUAUUAGAAUCUAGAGAUUUCCUCUCUCAUUUACAUACAUCUAAAUGGUGGUUAUUGAGAUGUUUAUAUAUACAACAAGAAGUACUGGAUGAUCGUGCCCCAACAUUAAGAUCAACUGUAUUAGAAUUAAUAGAGUCUAUCGUGAAACAAGAACCAUUAUUUACACAUGAUCAAUAUACGAACCAAGUUAUAGAAUUCCAUCUAGAGGCUGGUCAUCUCUGUCAUAUUUAUUAUGAAUAUAAACAAGGUCAAGAUCAUUUUAACCAGGCAAAAAAACUCUCAGGUCUUGAAAUGCAUUUAACAGGAGCCAUGGGUAAGAGAACCCGUUAUCAACAAGAUGAGAAAGCUCAACUUGCACUCGAGAUUAAAAGGUCAAAAGAAAAGGUUGGACUUGAACCUGACGAAAAUGUUUCAUUACCUAAGGUUAUGCAACUGGAUGAUGAUACAGUUUUAAAUCAGAUUAAUUUCACAGAUAAAGAUCAUCUGUUCGCUCCACAGUUAACUCCCUUAGAACAAAGUAUCGUCAUUGGUUGCAUGGAAGCGUAUAGAAGAAGUUUGGCCAGUGAACGAUUAACUGAUGAAGAAAUUUUAACAUAUUUAAGUUGUAUAUUAAGUCAGCUAUGUAAUUGGAAUGUUGGAGUGGUUGGUUUAAAGUUAAGAUCUAAGUUAGAGAGGGAUAGUAGACGACGUGUUGAAAGAUCUAUGAUGCAAUUGGAGGAACUUGUUAAUCAAAUUAGUAGAAGUGAAAGUAGUAAUAUAGACAGAAUACAACUUUUCUACGCUAAUCGCGUUCCAAGUAUCUGGAAUUUAAAGAAAGAGUUAGGGUAUCUACUACUGUCAUUAGGUUGUACAAGUCAAGCUAAAGAUUUAUAUGAAUCUCUUGAGAUGUGGGAUGAAGCUAUACCGUGUUAUCAGAGAAUGGGCAAACUUGAUCAGGUAGAAGUAAUAAUACGAGAACAGUUAGCCAAACAGGAAACGCCUAAUUUAUACUGUUUCCUUGGUGACGUAACUAAUGAUGUACAAUGGUAUCAGAAAGCCUGGGAAUUAUCCAAUCACAGAAGUGCUAGAUCUAUGAGGUGUAUGGGAUUUCUGUAUUUUACGAAGCAAGAUUACGAAACAGCUUUAGAUUGUUUUGAGAAAUCUCUUGAAAUUAACCCUCUACAGAUACCUGUCUGGUUUACAUAUGGUUGUAUCGCCUUGACAACACAUAAAUAUGAAAAGGCUGUUAAAGGUUUUAAGAGAUGUGUUAUGAUAGAUUCUGAUAAUUUUGAAGCUUGGAAUAACUUGGGUACAGCUUAUAUAAAACUAAAACAGAAAUCUAAAGCGUUUUUAACAAUGAAAGAAGCUAUAAAAUAUAAUUAUGAAUCAUGGCAGCUGUGGGAUAAUAUGAUGGUGAUAGGAACUGAUUGUGGAGAGUUUCAAGAUGUGAUAUUAGCGUAUAACAGAUUAAUGGAUAUCAAAGAUAAAUGGGUGGAUGUAGAAGUAUUGAAAGUGUUGGUAAGAUGUAUCGAAGACGAUUUAGAUGAUAAGAAAGGUCAACCAUGUAAACGACUGCAACCUAAAGUUCAAGAACUUUUUGGUCGGAUUACAGCCAAGACUACUGGUAAUGGUGAUAUUUGGAGAUUGUAUGCCAGAUUAAUUUUAUUAAACAAUAAACCAGAAAAUAUAGAAAAGGGUUUGCAGUAUUUACAGAAAUCUCAUCGUUGUGUUGUACAGACGUCAAACUGGGAGAAAGAUGAGAAAACUUGUACAGAAACUACGGAACAAUCAACGGAACUGGCUAAAUUGUAUAUAACAUGUUCGGAGAAUAUUACAGAUAAAACAUUAAAAUUACAGAAUUUAUCAUCAGCUAAAUUAAUGAUAAAGGGCGUUGUUACUAAAAUGCGGCAACAUCAUACAGACCCAGUCAACCAGACGCUACCAUCAUCAAUAGAAGAAUUAUGUAAAGGACUGGAUAAUCUCUUACAAGAUAUUAUCAAUAAAAUAGAUGUUUUACGAAAUGGAUAAUAAAAUAAUUUGAUAUUAA